CCCCAUAAAUACCAUGCUUGUAUAACUAGUUGUGGCCAGAUACAUACACAGACACCGCAGUCAGCGCCGAACCUCAGCGCUGGAGACGGCGUCCAUCAGUUUGAGUGCUUAUGGUGCUGCUCCUCGACACGUGCCCUGCCUCCUUGCUCCACUUUUAUCCUCCUCUCUCCCCUGGGUCCCAGGCAGCAUCAGCCUCGCUUCCCUCCCCUUGCCAUUUUCUCUGCGCCUCUCGGCAGGGCGGCUGCAGCUCGCCGUUCGGCUCUCUCUGCCAAAGCGCUCGCAUGCUCCCCGGCUUCUCCGAGAGCAGCAGCGUUCGCCUGGCGGGAAGGAUGCCUUCGCCUUGAGGCGCCGCUGGUCUCCCCCAUCCUGUUCCCUCUCUCCUUCGGCCUCGGCAGCUCGGGGAAGAGGAAGGGAGCGCGGCUGCGGGGCCGGGGCAUCCUGAUGCUGGUCCCCAGCCCCCCGGAGGACGCCUGAGCCCGGCGUUGCCAUAGCGACGGCUCCCUAGAUAAGGCGGGCAGGAGCAUCAGCUGCAGCCCCAGCCCAAAAAGGUCCCGCUCCAGCGAGCCCCGACGCCAAAUCGCGCCCUCCCCACCGCCUCGCACCGCUUUUAUCUUCAAAGGGGGAGAAAAGCCCAUUUCAAUGAUGUCAACAGAAUGUGUUCAGCCACUUGAUAUCCCAGAAGACAGACUGGACAAGCGAGAUUCGCACUGUAACCAUUUAGAAGAUCUUUCAGAGCAGCUGAUUAAGAGCUGUGACCUCAAAAAGAAACCAAGAAAAGGUAAAACCAUCCCAGCUUCCCAAAACACUGAACAGGAGCAAAAAAAGCCAAGGAGAAAAGAUACACCAGCUUUGCACACCCCACCACCUCUCACGGGCAUACUCUCAGACUUUUCUGAUAAUCUGCUGAAAAGGUAUGGUAUCACGGAGAAGCCACAGAGAGAGAGAAUGAGUCCAGGCUCUCAGAUCACUGAACUGGAGCAGAAGAAGCCCAGGAGAAAAGAUACGCCUGCAAUACACAUUCCACCCUUUAUAAUAGGCACUAAGCUGCUUACAGAAGAAAAGCAAACAGUGAUUAUGGAAGAUGAAGAAAAGGAUGGAGACACAAUCCCUAGUUAAGAUUACAAUGAUAUUUCCAAUAAUACCGUGUAAAUAAUUCUGGGUCAUUCAAAGUGGCAGCGCAUAGGAAAAAAAAAAAGUCCUUUCAUUUUUAUAAAUAAUUAUUUUCUCAAGCAUGCACUUGAAUUUAAAUUAUCUUCAAGUGCUUAUCUGCAUCUCAUGAAAUCCCAGCAAGCAUCAUAGGGGGUGAUGACAGAAAUUUCACUUACAUAUGGGGUUGAAAGGAUUCUCUUGGUUUACUAAAAGCGGCUUCCCAGGAUUUUUGUCAAUGAGGAAUCUGCCUCAGAUCAGAUCUAGCUUUGUGCAGCGUGGUGAUAAAGGUUAACACAGAGGACGCCACCAAGCCAGUAUACCUGGCACUGGAUACCAUAGCAGUAAAACAUCAACUAAUGAUUCAAAUUGCAUUUUUCUCCUGACAUUUCCCCUCAUUUGUCCAGCUUUGCUGGAAAAACAUUGACGGCAGUGAAAAGUCCCACAAGCAGAGCUGAUGGGAUAGAUGGAGAAGGUGGGGGAGUCCCUGGAAUGCGAAGCAAACACUUCCUCUGCCUGUAUCUGCUCCUGACUUGUGUUUGUGAGGAGAAAAGGGUAGAUUUACCACAGAAUGAAAACUUACAGCUAAGGGUUGUCAGCAUUGACACAUCCAACGGGAUGGAGGGCAGAGCUCUCAGAAGAGAAGUGUAUGGGAAGUGCCAGGCCUGCCUGUUACACCAGUGUAGACUAUUGAUUUUUUUUCUUUCAAAGGUUUUAUUCCUGGGUUGGUGAAAGAUAAACUAAUCGGAUAUUUGAUCCUUUUACUCCAUAUUUUUUCUUUUGACAUAUGCUUUAUAAACUGAGUCUUAGGUUGUCAGUUAUGAGGGGUUGCAAAGAUUAAAAAUCACAGUGGGAGAGUAAAAAUUGAGUAAAAGGAAUAGUGUUACUCCAUGGCAUACGCACACUGCAAGGUGGAGCAGCACCACGCUUUUUUUUUAAUAGUUUACCUCAUUGAGUCAAGAGUUGUUUUCACAGCCUGCUACAGUCUUCAGCGUUUAUACAGAGACGGGUACUUGUAGAAUAUUGUACAAAAUAGGUAGAACUGGGUAGUUUUGUGCUUACCUUAAUAGCUCUGUGUGCUAGACGGAGCUGCACUGCCAGCUGGACCCUUAGGGACCUCAGCAGAGAGGUUAAAGAUUAUUUAGCCUGGCAGACUGAAUUUAGUUAUCUUUUUAACACCCUUAGGCAGCUGAAGAGCACACUAGUUUGGAAUUCAUCUGCCACAGUUACUGACCCAGCAUCUUUCAUGAGAACACAGUCCAUUUGCAGAUAUUCAGCUUCAAGAUGUAAUCAACAAACUUAUAAUAAAUAAUCAUGUAUCCAAGUGUACAAGAGGCCAGCUAAUUAUUAAUGGGAUGCCUAAUAGGAGGUGUAAUUUUUUUUUUAAUGCUGUUAAUCUAUCAGGGAGAUGAGAUAAAAUUUAAAUUAUAAUCAAUCAGUAGUUCAUAUAAGAACAUUCAUGUAAGGUACACAGUAAAGCAUGUCACACCAAGUACAUGAGAAGAAAUAAGUGCAAUUUGAGUCCAGCUUUACCAGUGAAGCUGGUGAAUAUUUUCAGUGCACAGUACAGCAAAAGUGAGAGCAUGGAAGCCUGAAAAGAUUCAAAUGAACAUCAGCAAUGAAUUAGCUGCAAAAAUGUAUGUGUUUAGACAUGAAGGCCCUUAACAACACAAGGCAGGAGCACAAAUAGGAUGUGACUGACUUCACUGAAGAGGAUUUGUUUCCAAUCCUGGGGAAUGCUGACACAGCUCAAUACGAAAAAAAAAAAAAAAAAUGAGCACCCUUUAAGCCUAGCACUACAUGUUCUUCACCAAAGAGGAGUUACGGUCACGGUGACAUCUCUGAUGGCAUAGCAGCCUAAUUUACCAUCCCUGUAUAGAUCAACUUGAAGCCCAGCCAUAAAAAUGCCACAACAUACAUAAUUUGCUGCAGUUCAUUUAAAAUUGCAUAUUCAUAGCUUGGUAAUUCAGCAUUUACUAUUUUUCCACCCAGGAGCAACACGAGUGACUUAAAAGUAAUUUUUCACCUGAUCAAUUAAGUAAAUAGGAGUUUUUGCACUGUUCAUGGGAAGCAGUGAGAUGAAUCAUUUCUCAAAGCUUUCACCUGCCUCAUUGCACUCAGUGAAAGUGUUAAAUGUUACUUUAUUUGGGAAUAACAUACAAUUUUUUUUUCAAAUCAGAUAAACACUGCCCCUUCCCCCAAAACAAAGCCUUUAGGUGCUGCAGAAUGUGUGUGGACUGUAUAAUGUCAUGCAUGUGGUUAAUUGGGUUGGUUCAUUGCUGUUCAGGCUCUGAACUCUCCCUUUAAGACCAGAUGGAGCUAAAACGGCACAAAUUGCUCUCCUGGGCAAAUGGCUGGAGUUGGUGUGUUCUGAGGCAGAAAGGCUUUUGUCCCCCCAUGUCCCCAAAGGUCCCCCAUGCCCAUUACAGCAAAACCAGAAGGAAAUGGAAACACAGGAACAGGCCAAGCCUUUCCAUAGCACUGUCAGGGCUGGGAUGCUCCAGUCUGAAGUCGCUUACGUUGUCUGCACACAGGCACUGACUGCUUAGGGGCUGCAGAAGCUGGAUGGAAUUCAGAUAUUUAGGUGGAACUGCAUCUCACCCCAGAAGUCUGUGACAGGCAGGACAACCAGUCCAAUGCCUCGGGGAGAAUGAAGUGCUUCAGUCAGUGAAUAAAAGACUGACUGCAGUCAGGAGGUUGAAAAUGGCUAGUAUUUCUGGAGCAAAUUCUCAGUUAACCUCUACCUACAAACUCAGAGACAGGUCUCCAUUUACAACAGGAUUUGAACAAAGGGAUUUAAUGGCCUCCAACUUUUAACUCAUGAUUGCAGAAAGCCCAUCACCCAUCUGAAGGGGAUGUAAUGAGCAUUUUUGCAGUGCUAAACAUAAGGUACAUAGGUUAAGUGACUUGCCCAGCUAACCACAGCAGAAACAAAUCCAAAGCAACAUUCAUGAUGCUAUCACUAACUCACACUAUAUUCACAGAUAAAGCAGCACUUGCACACUUUGAGUUUAGCAACACUUACACUGAAUUUUGUCUGCUUGAAAUUUUGUCUUACUGGUUAAUAAAUUGAUAUCUGUAUAAUGCUUUGAUCACUUAAAUUAAUAUAUGUGUUUAGAUAUCAUAACAGAUUAUCUUUCUGCAUGUCUUAUGCCAUUCCUACCUUUUGAGAUUACAUUUUGUACGCAUGACCUUACUGUAUGCAGAGAGACUGCCCAGCAAUCACAUCUACAAGCGAAAACCAAAAGUGCACGUCAGUGAUGCAUGUUAGAAAUUUUGGCAUCUCUCUUGUAUUUAGAUAAAUUCAUAAACACUUACAUCCUCCAAAAAGACAUGGCCUCUUAGAGUGAGGGGGUACAAAUAGAAAUACCAGUGUUCUGGAAAUGUAGUUCUACAAACAGGAAGAGUGAAUAUUAAAAGCCAGUUUCUACUCCAUGAUACUGGUUCCUGGUCCUGUGGGAGGAACCCAUGUCAGACUGUCGGACCCAGGAGCUGUGAAGGGAAACUUAAUCCAUCCUUAUAUCUGACAUCCUGAAGAAUCCUGAAAAGACACAGACUGGACAGAUGGACAAGCAGCAGCAAAAUUAGAAAGCACAUUCCAGAAAUAAAAGAACCACUUUUGAUGAAACAUUUGUGCUUAGUCGUACAGGUGCGAUGAUCCCGUAAAAUGCAAGCUGUGUAUUUAUAACCAUGAAACACAUUGCCACGAGCUUUGGAUUUUUCCAAGCCACCAGGUUUUUUCCAACCUCCAAAGUAGGUUUUAGGCUCCCAGGUGGUCUUAGUGUCUGAGACAAAGUUAUACCUAUCGCAGAUUUGGUUUUCUGUAGUCUGUUUAGCCUUGAGAAGACAGAGCCUAAAGGGAUCUUAUCAAUAUAUAUAAAUGUCUGAUGGGAGGAUGUAAAGAAGAGGGAGCCAGGCUCUUCCCAGCGGUACUCACUGACAGGAUGAGAGUCAUUGGGCACAAACUGGAAUACAUGAAAUGCCACUCACAAGUAAGAAAACAUGUUUUUACUACUAAGCACUGACACACAUAGCCCAGAGAUGUUGUGGAGUCUCCAUCCUUGGAGAUUUUCAAAACCAAACUGGUUGCAGUCCUGAGUAACCUGCUCCAGUGGAUCCUAUUUGGACUGGCCAAUUUCAGAGGUGUCAUCCAGCCUCAGCGAUUCUGCGACUAUAGCCCAGGAUCCAUAGCAAGAGAUCUGCUUGGUGAUGCUUAGCAGGUCUGUGAGAGAUCGGAAUAAAGUUUGGGGUAAAGGGAGGAGUGCAUAUAAAAGGAUAGUGAGGCAUCAGUCAGAAGGACUUGUGCUGACCAGAUACCUGAGUGACAGAAGUGAACGACAGGCCUCAGCAAGAAGGAGAAGGGAGGUGGAGACAUGGCCAGUCCAGAACCAAAUUUGCUUUAUGAACCCAACUGUCUACCUCAUGACUUAAAGAACUGGAAAGGCCCAUUUAAGCUUCUGAGCCACGGCUCCUCCUUCCUCCUCCUCCCCUUCCUCGUUCAUCUCUGCUCUGGCUGCUGCAAUUUCCCUUGAGGAUGUUGGAGCCAAUCUUCCUUUCCAGUUCCUGUUUGUGUAGACAUAGAUAUCCACAAAAUAUAAGGAAUGAAUACUCAAGAGUCUCUCUAUGUCUCACUCACUGUGGAUUUAAACAAUCAGAUUUUUAAAUUCAGACUUUAAUCCUUUUCUAAAAAAAAUAAAAAACUCCCGCUCAAAAACCAGAGCACCAAACUUUUUUGCUGUAGCAAAGUGAUCCAGUGAUUAAAGCAAACACUCAGUUCACAAAUGGACUAAAGAGAAAAAGGGCUAAAUUUGAAAGUGUUGAUAGUUUCAAUGAGUAAUUCGUAACAAAUCUCAUUGGCCUCAUAAGUCAGAGAUCAUGAGACUUUCCAAGAGGUACAGAUUACUCAGCCUUAUUUCUAUGCUGGCAGCAAGUGGUUAUUGCAGAAAUCAUCAAUGCAGAAAAAGGUCGAAUGCAUUGCAAAGCCAGACCUCUCCCAAAUAAUAUAGAUUUCAUUUUUUAACUUCACACUUGGAAAACUUCCCUUUGGUGUACACUAGAUGUCAGGGUUGGACUGAGAGGAUGAGUCCAUCCACCCAUCACACAGCUCUGUGUAUCAGGCUGGAUGCCAUCAGCACAACUAGUUUUGCUUAGGAAUCAUUUUUGUGAAGCACCCCAUAUUUACAUGGAGCAGUCUGCACAAACAUCCUCUCUUCCCCACUUUGCAGUACUUCAUUUAAGCUGAAAGCCCCAGGCUUUGGAAGAGGAAAGAGACAUCCUGAAAUAUCUUUGCAAUACCAAUGAGUAUCUGCCAGCAUUCUUCACCUUCCCCAGCUCCAGGAAAAAUAAAAAAUAAAAAUGCUCUAAACCACUUGGGUGAACAGAUAUUUUCUGGAGGGGACUCUAAUAGGCAGCAACUUGGCACAGCAUGGACUCAGCUGGAGGAAACUGAGAGCAAAGAGGAACGUGAUCAGAACUACAUUAAAUUUGUAGGAGCCAUAUACACUCUCCUUGACCCCAAGCAGGUAAUUUCAUUUCCCUGUGCCCUGACUACUGUGAGAGUCAACUUGUAACUCUCCAAAACGGGCUGACAAAAACAGCCUGAGAAAGAGAUAAGGGAUGGGUGGGAGCAGAGGACCUCUGAGCCAAGGAAUGCCUCCAACACUUGUAAGUAACAAAACUAUAGUCUUGGGGUGGAUAAUGUGGAGGUCAGAGCUGAUAAGGCAGCCUGAUUACCACAGGAUGCACCUGGAGGAGAGGGCCCUGUGGAGACAGGACAGCUCUGCUCUGGUGCAUCUUGUAAAGUUUCAAGGGCCAUCUGUCUGGUGAAUGACCUUUGCUUCAUUAUCCACGAAAUGCAUAUUAAAGUUGAUACCCCUGAGUAUGCUACAUCAUCCCAUGAAGCUCCCCAUACAUAUAAUAUGUAGGGGUGUGGGUUGACCUAGGGGAGGGACCCAAGGAAAGUGUGUAUAAAUUGAGGCAGGGCAAGGAGUGAGGCAAGCAAGUGAUCAGGAGAGAAAGGGAGCAAGGAAUAGAUAAAAAGAAGCAAGCAAGACGGAUUCAUCCCUGAUGACCUCAACAGUACCAAUGCAGGACCCUGGCCCGGUGAUCUCUACUUCUCUAUUCUCUCUCUCUCUCUCUUCUUUUCUUUUCCCCUAUUCACUUGUUACCCUUAAGUAAUGCAAGGCAUACUGUAUUGCUAGCCAUAAUUUGUUAUAUACUUAGCCAAUUUUCGUGUAUCCUAUUAGUACGUUGUAGGAAAUUAAUAAAUGUUUGUGCAUGGA